AAGACCCAUGAAAUCAAUUAAAUAUUUGAUUUGGUCUAAUUAAUUUUCCACUGCCUCCAAUCAGUAACAUAUGAUGGAUUGUUUGCUUUCCACGUGUUUUGCUCAUCCUCAUCUUCUUCUUCUCCCCGAUGCUCUGCCCCCCGACCCUCUGCACCCGAGAAGCCCCCCAACUACCGCCACCCAUUUCCAGCCGGAAAUCCGGCAAAGCUUGGGGAUUUCUCCCUAUUUUCUUGUCUUAGAACACCUGUUGAACCUAGAAAAUCCCAGAUCUGCGUCUUCCUCCCUCUGCUGUCCGUCGGCUUCAACUUGUGGGUUUGAAAUUUCUGGGCAUUUUUCGCCGCGAGUUCCCCUGCAGAAUUUCUUCUUCUCUGCCGUCGGCUUCUCCCCCCUGCUAGGCUCGGUUUUUGCUUGCUAAAUUCUGGUAAGUAGCCAUCUUUUCCAAGCUUAAAAUGACCCAUUUAAUGGCUGGGUUUUGUCCAUUAGUUGAUGCUCUGUGUUGUCCGAGUCUGCUGGGAUAGGGGAUGAAUUUGGCAGCCAUUUUAAAUGUGUUUUGUGCUUAGUUUAUGUAGGAAUUGUGUUAAUUAGGCUACUGUGAUUGAUUAGAGAGAAAACCCCGUGAAUUAGCUAUGUUUUGUCAAUUGUGGGAGUUGAGGUACUGUUCGCACGGUACUGUUCACGGGGUACUGUUUAUAGGUACUGUUCACACACCGAGGGUUAAUGAUUAACGGGAUUUAAAGGUUUAGUUUGUGAUAUAAGAAUGAAAUUGGAGAUGUUCGGUUAUGUGGAGAUUGAUAGAAAUAGCACUGUGAUUGGGGGUAGUGUUGAUGAUGAUUUCAGUUUGAAUUUAUGGUAGUGCGAUAUUAAUUCUUGGAAUAUUGUGAUUAGGUUUUGAUCGUUCUGUUACCGUAGCACUUGGGUUAGCCUUCUGUUCUGUGCGAGUGAGGAAGCGAAACCGAGGACGGGGAAACCGAGGGGAGUGACGAAUUAGAAGGCUAGCCAUUCAAUUGGGGUAUAAGUUUUAGAUUUUAUCAUCCUUUUGUAAGGUUGAUUUUAUUCUUGAGAUUUUGUGAAUUGGAUAAGUUCCGAACCUUGUGCAUUUGUGGGACCCGUCUCACGAGUGCACGGCGUCUGCCACGUUCUCGGAUUUGGGUUCUGGGGCGUGACAGUUUUCUGUGAUUAAAAUUGCUUUACUUUGAUGUGGCAGCAUGUAAUCUUAUCUUGCAAUCAUAUUAUGAUACUAAUAUGGGCAAUGAUUGCUUUUUAAAAAGAAUCAAACUCUAAAUAUUAU